CCAUUUUAUUUUCUACAGAAAGGGAGUAUUUGGUGCUGGGCACGGCCUUGGAUGCAUUUCAGCAAACACACAUUUGUGCUUGCCCAGCUUCCUUGUCUGCAAAGACAUUUUUGUUCUGGCCACAUUCCCUUCAGCUUCUCUGCAGCCUAGUGUCCUCUAGUCUGAUGCUUGAGGGAAGAACCAACAGUUGGAGGGUCCAUGGAGCAGCAGCCUGUUGUCUCUCAACAUGGUUGUUCUGCGGUAAAUGCUGGGCGCUUUCCUCAGGGGUUGGGGUCAUCUGGAGACAGAGGAAAGCACCUAUGUUAUGAUGCUGCCCUUUAUGCCAUCAGCUUUUUACUUUCUGUGCUGGGAGUUGAACCCGGGGCCUCUCACACACUGCUCAGCUACACCCCCAGCACUACUGGGAAUGGUUGAUUACUGGAAAGCAAAUCACUUGCCCAGUCUCCAUGCAGACAUGCAGUUUUCCAGAUCCUUUUGGACUUGCCGCUUGUAGGUAGUCCAGGCGGCCAGCAUGCCAGUGGAUAGACUACAGGAGGUGAUCCCAGUUCAGUUCAGUGAGGAUCAUGGAGCCCAGAAAAGUUUCCUGAGACCUAGUGGUUGAAACCUUGCACCACCUGCUCCUGUGCCACGCCAGCACUCUGUUCUCGCUGCCUGAUAAAGCUCUGCUGUGCGGUGCUCACUGGCUCUGCAUGCGCUCCUGUGGAAUCAUAGACUGUCCAGAGGCAUGUGCUGCAGCACUGGAGACCUUCGGUCGGUCUCAGCCACCUGCUUCUCUUCCCCUCAGUAUUCCCCACAUAGCAGAGAUACGCCCACUGAUAGCCUGGUUUGCCCUUGCCACACAAGCCUAGUGGAAUGUCCCGCAGAUGGAAGAGAUUUUUAUAUAGCCAUUCGCACACAUGCACACAUGCACACAUACACCCACUGUUUCACAUUACUUUUAGGUACAGUGUUGGGGACACAGUAAGCUUUGGGGUGUUGUAUGAAAGCUAACUAAGGAGUAUCACUUCUCAGAUGGCCACAUGCUGAGGCAUUUGAUUGCCAGGCUAUGAACUGCACUACCAUGGGUGAUUAUGGUAGCUGUGGUGACAUUAAAGAACAGCAUGCGUUGUGAUCAACUAUAGCAUCAAGAUAAAAUAUCCCCUCUGCCUCCAUCUUCCCAUAGGCGUCAUUCUAGUCCUGGAGCCUCCAGAGUGGAAAGGGUGUGUGUGGGGGGAGCAGAUGGACAGCCAAUCACUGGUGUCUGUAGACUAGGGGCCAGUGAGCCACACUAGUGCAACCUUGUUUUCAAACCAAGGUAUCUGUCUGCCAUCAAGCUAGUUGUGAGUCACCACUCCCCAGUGUCUGCCGUACUGUACCCACCUCAGACAGCCGUCCUUAGCUACGUGUGCUCUGUUCACCUGCUGCUGGACGGAGGAACCUCAGCUUCAAGCUCCAUGAAGCACUUCUUUCCACCUGCACUUGCUUCCCUGGCUGCUGGUCACUGGCCACCUAGACCGCGGCGAGCUUUCCCGGAUUCUGCCGGAGCCAGGCUGUGGUGUGAGGGCCGACUCUGCUGUGGUGGUGUCUGGAGUCUCCCGAGGUAACACUGUAACGGUUCAGACCCAUGGCCAUUGCACCAUCUUUCCGGGGUCCUGCUGUACCAUCCUGACCAACCUGGGCCUUGAACUGUGACGUGCCACAGGCUGGCCUCAGACUGGCCCAGCACUGCGUGCCAAGAAAAGCUGAACCAACUCAGGAGCGUGGUUCUGUGGGAGCCGAGUUCUUUUGUACUAAUCUUGUAGUGGGAUAGCUUGGGGACGCGGCGGGGGAGGGGAUUUAACUCUUGUUUAUGAUGUUGUUUUCCCCCUUUCCUUCCACAGGAUGAAGUGUCCUCUUGCUGGUACAAAUAAAAGAUUCCUAAUUAACACAAUUAAGAACACAUUGCCCUCCCAUAAAGAGCAAGACCAUGAACAGAAAGAGGGCAACAAGGAACCCGGCCAAAGCCAAGACCAGAAAGAGACCAGCUCAAAGACGCACAGAAGCCACUCCUCCAAGCGCAGCCUGCACUCGCCCCGAGGCUCCGUGGGCCACUCGCCCCCGAGAAAGCGCUCCUCCCGGGACAAGCGCGACGCCCGAGGCAGCAGGCGAUGAGGGAGCCCCGGGCAGCCCAGUGCUUGCCCGCCACUGGGCCAGUGAGGACGCGGCGGCAGGGCUCUGACCCGAGAAUGACUCAGUGGGUCCUUUGCUUUAAGGUGGCCGUUGUUGUGCCGUUGUUGUUGUUGUUACCAGGAAAAAACAAAGAAACCUUUACAAACAAACCUUACCUACCUUGUCCCGAAGGUGUCGUGGCAAGAGUCAGCGGACGUAGCAUUGCCAUGCACAUCCCUGUUGUUUUUAUCCUGUCUCGUUUGCAAGUUAGCUUCAGAACAAGCAGUUCUAGAAAUCAAAGUUUUCAGGUUGUUGAAAACCAGUCCCAGUUCUUUGAUGUGCUGCACUUUUGUGGCCAUUUCCCAGAAUUUCUCAAAACAAAAUAAAAUACUUAGAAACGCUC